CAACAUGAUGCGGCGCUGCGCACACCGUUUGACAUCAAAUUACCGCGAGAGCUAUGCGAAUUCUGUAUUCGCGAUAGUGUGACGUAAUUUGCCGAUCGCUCUGCGCAGCUCUGCAUUUAGCCUGUCGAACACACCUACUGGAUCCAUCAAAUCAUCGCUCACAGGUGCACUCAAACAAUCAGUUUGGUUUGAAGAUCAUCGUUUUUCCUUACAGAGAAUAACACCGGUGACCCGAGGUGAUGGGUUCGAAGAAAGCGUGCGAGCAUUACUGGCUGCCCGUCAAAAACGACUGUGAGGAUCUGCUGGGCCGCUUCCAACAAACAGAGUCGGUGCGAUAUGAGGAGUUUUCCGCAGUCUGGAGAGGGAUGGACUUCUCCAGUUUGUUUUAUGGUCACCAGUCAAUUCACGAGAAGAGAUCCUUCACUCGGCUGACUUUAACUGUAGCCUACAAUUACCUCAUACCCCCAUACAGCUUUCAAAUCCGAGUAGGAGCCCUGUAUAUGAUCUAUGGCCUUUACAACCAACAACUUGUUUGGCCUAAGGAAAAGGUGAGAAUUGCCAUAAAGGAUUGGUGUCAUAUACAGCAGUUGAUCGCAGAUGCAAAGAGUUGCAAGCAUUUGGAUGUUGCCUACAUCUUCUUCAGGCUUUUGUCAGAAAAGGCAUUUCAUUUCACGGCAAUGCCUAAGAAGCUGACAUUUAUAUCAGGUGACCGUGUUCAGCACAAUGUGAACGAAGAGUUUCGAGCCCGCAGGGAUAAUGUGGCUGAACUUGCUUCUGCUGAAUUGCUAGAAGAGAUUGCAAAUGUGCAUGGCUGUUAUGAGAAAAUGAAGAAUGCGUUACUGCCCAAAUCAGCAGGGGUCACGCUGCUUAACCUGGCAGGUGCGCUUAAAAAGUGCACCUUUGAGUACCAGCAGUGGCAGGAAAGAGCUGCGGCGGCAAGGACUAAAAAUGCUAAAAAGAAGGAAGCCAGUAACAAGUCAGAGUCCUCUAAUCGAGCAGAUCUAGUUGCUUCCAUCAAAACAAAGUCAUAUGGUCAUCUGACAAAGGAAUCAAGAUCAAGGCGCCACAGGCAGACUGAGAUGGCCAUGACAAGUCCUGGAACGGAUGAAGCCCUGUUUGGCCGUAAAAAGAAGCCCCCCUCGCUCAAGGCUAGAACUUACCAAAGUCUUGGUAAUCCAGGGGAGACUGAACAGACAAAGGAGUGGCUUCUGAGUGUGAUGGAGGAAGACAAGAACGCAUUAAAGCGCAAAAGGGAAAGAAGAUUCAAUUGGUCGGAGCAGUAGUUAAGUCAGUUUCAUUAAAACUGCAAAUGUCCUGUUUUUUUGUUAUGAAAAAUUGAGUCGUGGAGCAUUGAGUUGUGUUGUCCACACAUAGUAGUUUAAAUUUCAUUGUCAAAAACUAUAAUAUGUCAUUAGCGUUUGUGUGAUGUUCUGUUUGGAAAAAAUAAAUAAUUUAAUCGCUCCUGUUUGUUUGACACUUUUAGGGUUGCUUUGCUUUGUUUUGUCUGGUUUAAAGCUUUCAAAAUUAUGUUCUGGGCCUUUGCCAAAUGAACAGUCUUAUGGUUUUUCAACAACAACGCAUCUAAACCAG